CAUCUUGAGAGUGGGAGAGCCAGCAUGAUUUAAGACAGUUCAACACUCAUUUGUUCCUUGCCCUGCUCUGUUGUAGGAAUACAAAUAUUUACUGAGAAAAACAGAAUCUAUUAUCGAAAGCACCAUGAGGAUCCUCUUUCUGCUAGCAACUGUAGCACUUGGUUGGGCACAAUAUAAUCCAAAUACAAGACCCGGGAGGACAUCUAUUGUUCAUCUCUUUGAAUGGAGUUGGACCGAUAUUGCUCUUGAAUGUGAACGCUACUUAGCGCCUAAUGGGUUUGGUGGAGUUCAGAUAUCUCCUCCAAGUGAAAAUGUUAUCAUUACUAAUCCAUGGAGACCCUGGUGGGAAAGAUACCAGCCAAUCAGCUACAAGCUUUGUUCACGAUCUGGUAAUGAAGAUGAAUUUAUAGACAUGGUGACCAGAUGCAAUAACGUUAGUGUUCAUAUUUAUGUGGAUGCUGUAAUAAACCACAUGUGUGCAUCUGGUCUUGGCUCUGAAAACAAUGCGACCUGUGGAAGUUAUUUCAAUGCAAAGACAAGAGAUUUUCCUGCUGUGCCGUACUCAGGCUGGGACUUUAAUGAUGGCAAAUGUAAAACUGGAAGUGGGGGCAUCGACAAUUACGGGGAUCUUGAACAGGUCCGUGACUGCCGCCUGGUUAGUCUUCUUGAUCUUGCACUGGAGAAAGACUAUGUACGUUCAAAGAUUGCUGAAUACAUGAACUACCUUAUUGAUAUUGGUGUAGCAGGCUUCAGAAUUGAUGCUGCCAAGCACAUGUGGCCUGGGGACAUGAAGGCAAUUUUAGAUAAACUGAAAGAUUUAAAUACUGAUUGGUUUUCUCUAGGAUCGAGACCUUUCAUUUACCAAGAGGUAAUUGACUUAGGUGGAGAAUCAAUCAAAAGCAGCGAGUACUUUGGAAAUGGCCGAGUGACUGAAUUCAAAUAUGGUGCAAAAUUGGGGACAGUCAUACGGAAAUGGAAUGGAGAAAAGAUGGCUUAUUUAAGGAACUGGGGAGAAGGCUGGGCGUUUAUGCCUUCUGAUAAAGCACUUGUCUUUGUGGAUAAUCAUGACAACCAGAGAGGACAUGGUGCAGGUGGAGCCUCUGUUUUAACUUUCUGGGAUCCCAGACAAUAUAAAAUGGCGACGGGCUUCAUGCUUGCCCAUCCUUAUGGAUUUACACGUGUGAUGUCAAGUUUUCGGUGGCCAAGAUAUUUCCAGAAUGGAAAGGAUAUUAAUGAUUGGGUGGGACCACCAAGCUUUGAGGAUGGAACAACCAAACCUGUUACAAUUAAUCCAGAUACCACUUGUGGAAAUGACUGGGUCUGUGAACAUAGAUGGCGCCAAAUAAGGAACAUGGUUAUUUUCCGAAAUGUGGUUGAUGGACAACCUUUCUCCAACUGGUGGGACAAUAAUAGCAAUCAAGUGGCCUUUGGACGUGGAAAUAAAGGAUUUAUUGUCUUCAAUAAUGAUGACUGGUACUUGAAUGUAACACUGCAAACUGGCCUUCCUGCUGGCACUUACUGUGAUGUUAUUUCUGGACAAAAGAAUGAUGACUACUGCACUGGAUUAGAAAUUGAUGUUGCUAAUGAUGGCACAGCUAAUUUCCAGAUUAGUAAUAAUGACGAAGAUACUUUUAUUGCCAUUCACGUGGAUGCAAAAAUGUAAUCAAAACUAUAUGCCUUUUUCUCUUCUCCUUAUGUUUUUAGCACGCAGGCAUGUAUAAUUCUCUGUCUAGAAAUAUCUCACAAGGAAUAAAAAAGCAUAAAAGUAUUUGGUUACACUUUUAAUAAAGAAAAACAUCAUUUCUGUGCUACCAUUAUACAGUAAUUAUCACUAGUGCUAAUACAGAUUAGUAAGUAUGAUACUAGUAGCAUGGUAUAGAAAUGCAACAUUUUAUUCACAAGAAGCAAAAGAAUGAAAAAUAAAAACAUUAA